UUAAAAAACCUGAACUUGGCAAGUGGAGCUAUAAGCAAGGGGAAUGAAGCUGCCCCGCAGAGCUACCAGCCACCACUCAACAAAAGAGAGUCACAGUCAGACACUCACAUAGCUGACAAAAGAUCUGUCUCUUCAGCAGUCAGGGCUUCAGAGAAUCAUCGUUUUGCCUGGGAAGGAGAAGUGGAGAACGGUGUCCACAAGAAGGUGACACGGAGUCCGCUGGCACAUCCCAACUAUCAGGUCCAUUUUGCUGUGCAGCAGCAUCAGCAGCAUCAACUUCAGUCACGACAGCUGUUGGAGCAAAGCCAAGCCCAGCACCAGGCUCUCUUUGCCAACUACUCACAAUCCAGCACCAGCCAUAUAUCUAUGCCAGCUGGCUCUGAUGCCCGCAAGACAUCAAGUGCCACUUCUAGUAUCCAGAAGGCAGCCAGUUUGCACAAAGUGAUGCCAUCUCAGAGUACGCCUUCGCAGCUGGUUCCAAAGCCUCCAGCAAACCACAGGCAGGCAGUGGUCAGAAAGGCUGCAGCCCAGAGGAAUUCCAGGGUGACCUCCACUGAAAGGCAACUGAAUGGAUUCCAGAACAGCCUUCACAGUGCUGCGUCCUGUGAGCCAGGGACAAAUUCCACAG